AUGGAAGUAGAUGCGAUUAAUAUUGGAAGUAAAAUUAUUGAACAUGAAAACACUGAAAUCAACAAUAAUUUUACAAGUAACGAUGAAGAACCAGUGACAGAAAAGCAAAAUGAAACGGUCCCUGUAGAUUUAGGACCACAAUCAACUGCUUCAAAAGAAUAUAUACUGACUAAUGAAGUGCUAAACCAAGAUUUAUCUCAAAUAAUUCAUAGUAAUGCUUCCUGCAUUCAUCAGUUAAAGUUAAAUAUAUCAAAAGAGGAUGUACUUGAAACUAAAUCAAAAACUUGCAUUAACUGCGGAGACAAAUACGAAAACUAUAAGAAAUAUAUACAAAGCGUUGCAUCCAAAAGUAGUUCAAGAGAAAAAUUCAAACCAAAAAAAUCUGUGCCCGAAUCAAGAUCAAAAUGCUCUCAAUUAAGUAAAAAUUAUUCACAUCGUAGUUUAGCUCCGUGUCAAUCCUUCGAUCAAUGCAGCAAAUGUAAUCAAGUCAUUUUUGCCACAAAUCCAUCGUGUGCAUCAUUUGAUCACUGUAAAAGAUGCGAAAAAUCAAGAGAAAACAUUUCUCAUAAUUCAUGCAAUUCUCAAUCACAUAACUUGAAAGCUCGUAGUGUGACCUUUAGCCCGUGUUAUGGUAAUGUGUCAAAAAUGCAUAGCUUCUGUGGAUGUAGUUCAACAUUAAAAUGCAAUAAACACUGCAAGAAAGAACUUCAACACUGUGCUGAUACUAUUAGUAAUAAAAGUACUUCAAAUAUGACUAAUUAUCCUCCAAAAGAACCUUCUCAAUUAUCAAUGAUGAAAAAGAUGCUUCAGGAACGAGUUGAUGCUUGUAGUAAUGUCGAGUUAAAAACAUAUAGAAAGAGAUCAAAAGAUAUCAAGCACAUUUCAUUGUCAAAAAAAAGACGUUAUCGUAUCAAAAAUACUAAUAAAGACAACGAUGAUCUUGCAUGCCCAUCAAAUCCAUGUUGUUUAUCAAAUGAAAGAAAGAAACGUUUGGAGACUGUAACUAAUAAACUUGUUCAGAGAGAAGGUAUCAGGCAAAAAGAGAUUCAACAAAAAAGAGAAGAAAAAUUAAAACGCCUACAAAAGAAUGAUUGCGAAGAUUUGGAUCAAUGUAAAAAAGAUGGACAAUGUCCAGUAAAAGAGUCAAAUGAUAAGUGUAAAGCUUACUGUAAAAAGUACAAAAAGAUGAAAUAUGAAAUUGAGCUUCAAAAUUAUUUAGUUGAUAAAUUGAAUCGCGAACUACAAAUUAAAACUUUUAAAAAAUAUCAAGAAUCAACACUGCUAGAACUGAAAAAUAUUAUACAAAAAGAAAUUAUGAAACUUAAGGAAAUGAUUGAUUUUACAAUUUUCGAACAAUGCCAAAAUAAGGAUUUGGGAUGGGGUUCAAUACCUAUUUCAUCGCUAACAACAAACACAAUUAAAAUGCCACAACCAUCUUGUGGGCUACCAAAAACUCCUUCAAGUGUUUCAAAUGUUAGCACUUUUAGCAUGCUUGAAGACCUAAAUUUAUGUCAAGAAAAGGAAAAGGUCAAAAUUCAAUUAGAAUUUGAAAACAAUAGGCAAAAGCACAUUACAGCGAUACUGGACGGAAUUCAGAAAUUGGAAUAUAAAAUCAGUGAACUAAAAUCGGUUCAGCUACAACUUUUAAAUGAAAUUGAAAGUCUUAGUAACAAAAAAUCAAAUGAUAAAAGGAAAUUAAAAAAAACUAAGAUUAAGGCAAAAUCCCAAUCGAGUUAUUGA